CUCAUCCGCAGAAUAGCUUGCUGCCGUCAAUGAACAGAUCGCCUCAGAGCACGAGUCCUGCCUACCUUUCACGUGCCUGUAAUACUGCUUCCUCAUCGGCGGCAGGGAUUUGUUUUCCUGUCGCUUCAUCUCGACCAAAGCAUUAGCGGAUAGUUUAUUUAGAUCUUGGUCGCACGCCAAGAGUGGGAACGGAAGCUCAGUUCCAGGAAUUUUCGUGCUGAGGUUGUCAGAAAGGAAGCCCCGAAACUGCCAGUGUAUUCGGGCCCGCAGCAUGAGCAGUUGGAACGCAAAUAGUAACUCGUGCAGUAAUCACGUUAAGCCGUAGAGGACUCUUGCCGGUUGUUGGAGGAAAAGAUGUGCAAUGGAAUGGUAGCGUUACAUACGAGAGCCCCUUCCUCCUCCUCCUCCUCUCUAGCCCACAGGCUGGCCUUCCCCUUGCUUCUACUCCUCAUCACUGUGCUCCACCAUGGCCACGCAUCAGGUUGUGCGCAGCCGCCUGCCGUGCAGCACGGAGACUUGGUGAACCAAACUGAGGCUAACAGGGACUCCUUUCCCGUGGGCACUGUUUUGACCUAUGGCUGUGAGCCCGGAUACAUCGCAGAUGGACCUACCAGCAUCAUUUGUGACAGUUCUGGAUCCUGGUUCAGUCAAACACCGCGCUGCAUUCAAAGCAAUGUGUGCUUGCCCCCCACUGAACCGGAGAAUGGUGGCUACCGGUGUCACCCUCCUGGCUGCCACCGCCUCACCCACAAGACUGUCAUCGAGUACUUCUGCGACGAGGGCUACGCUCUGAAAACAGUCUACAAGUUUCUCACCUGUGAGAAUGGCGAGUGGGAUCGUCCCAUGCAGAUCAGUUGCCGACUCACCCAAGACAAGGAGCCAAGCUCUCCACUCGGCAUACCAGCGCUGUCUAUCGCGGCGUCCACUGCUAGCUCGGUGGCACUCAUCCUGCUUCUAGUUGUGCUGUUUGUGCUCGUGCAGCCCAAACUUAAGUCGUUCCAUCACAGCAGGAGGGAGCAAGGAAUCUCAGGCCAAUCUGGUUCCAUCAUGGUUGAGGGGGUUCAGGUGGCACUGCCGUCUUAUGAAGAAGCUGUGUAUGGAAAUGCUUCGGGCCCUCCUCCUCCUGCACCACCUCCUCCAGCUCCUCCCGAAUCCAGAGUCCCUAUCGUUCUCUCUGAGGGUCUCCCGCAGGGGGCCACGGGAGGCCAAGACCCCAGCGAAACCCAUCACCACAGAGACUUAGACUUCUGUUUCCCAUCCACCUCUUCCUCAUUCCCCUCCCACCAUCAUGCAGAGACGGCGCUUGUUCAUCAGGCACCUUCCUCUUCCUCAUCAUCGUGGGCUAGAGAGCACCCUGGGGGUGCGUGCGCAGCCCCGCUACCUCUCCGUAGAGACUCUGAGAGCAGCGACCAGCACAGUCUGCUCUCUGUCACCUCUACAGAUGACUUUUCUGAUGAUAUUCCUUUGCUGAAGGAAGCAUGAAGCCUACCAGCGUGCUGGCAGCAGUCUCCCGUCUCUCUCUGCUGACCAGGACCGAGUGUGUCUGUCAACCCCACUUCCCCAAACACGCCUCACAGGCCAGAAGAGACUUCAAACUAUGCCCCGCUCAACCUCUUCUGCCAUCGCUACAGACGCAGAACAAAGCCAUCAGCCAGUACACACUGCAGCACAGGCAGUGAUGGAACGCCCAAAGGAGCAAACUCGAGACGUGAUAAAGCGGCGCCACGUCAUUAAAAAUCCUUGGCAGGCUUUGUAUAUGAUUCAAACGUACCUAAUGAGUCAAGGCUGUAUGCUAUGGGCGACGUAUUACCACACACUCGCCUCCUUUCUGGUUGCAAUCUGUAAAUUGUAGUUGACAGAGGCACCAUCAAAAAACAUCAUAGCAAUCGAUAGAUUUAAAACAGGAAAAAUUCUGAACUUUGUUCCCGGCCCUAUAUUGUUCCGAAUUGUCUUCCCGCUGUACUUGAAGAGUUGUGAGUGACAGUUGGGUGUGUUGUGGCCCUCUUUGUGAAUGCUGCAUGUUUGUUUCUAGGGAUGGCUGUCACUGCGCCAUGGCCCACUCUGAAUUAAGCAUGAAGCCUCCUCUGUAUGUAUCUCUCUCACUCUCUCGCUAGCUAUCUCUGUAUCCAGGCAACAUCCAGCAUAUGGGUGAAUGGGAUCAGUUGGGAUGAGUUGAAAGCAGCGUGGAGACCUGCUUCUAGAACCUGGAAGAGAGCUUUCUUUCGACGUUCCAUCAGACUCGAAGUGAGAUGAAAUAUCCCGGUUUAUAGCAGUUGAGGAAGGGGCUGUCCAUCAGGCUGAUUGGUCAUGACUAAACUUCAAAUUAGCUCCAACAAAAUGCCCCUUCCUUCUGUAUUUAUUGUUUGACGUGUGGCUCAGUUGGUUUUGCAAUGAUGAGUCUGAUUUUGUGUGCGCGUGUCUGUCUGCAUCUUUAUGCGUGAAGCAGGAGAGGGCACGUCCUCAAUAUAAGUGCGCCGCGUAACAGCCGUUUCCGAUCAGCCCCUUCUUAUAUUAGAGGCUAUACUGUAUUCCGUGUUACUUGACCAAACGUUACAAGGAAACAUUAAAACAUAAAUUGUACAUGAAA